AAGAAGAGAAAAACUUCAACGCUCUGGCAUAUAUCCGUACAUUAGAAGGGGUGAAACUGUGCAAUGUUGAUAUUGUGAAAGAAGGUGUUGUACAAGCUGGUGGACUGCUUUCGUUUUGGCAGAUUUUGGAGGAAGUUAGCAUUAAAGAAGGACUCCUUGAAGAUGCAGAAUUUAUUGCAGGUCAAUGUGUUAACUUAGCACAGUCUGAAAGUGCAAGAGAAGGUCGACUUCUGCCGAUGAUCAGGUUGGUUCUGUACAGCUUCAAACGACUCAUGAAAGACCUGACAUGUGGCUACAGUUUGUCCAUGUUCGAGGAAGCUGUGAAAGAAGUGUUGGAACUUGAUCCAUUGUGUACAACAGCUAACCUCAUGUAUGGUAUUGUUGAAGCUCUGAAGAACAAGGACUCCAAAACAGCUCCUGAUUUCCUGAAACAAGUGAUCAACGAUGAUAAAAUCACUGGUGGGUUAUCCUUUGCUGCGUCUCUUGCCCGUCAGCAUCUCUUGAAGCUCUCUCUCAAGAAAAACAACUCGGAUUCUGAAAUAAAGAUAUAUUAUUCAGAUAUAAUCUUAAUUGCAAAAUAA